AUGGCUGGACCACCUAAGAAGCGACAACGACGCGAAGAGCGGCCAGAUGGAGAGCUGCCUCAGAAGAAAUACUAUCGGCAACGAGCGCAUGCGAAUCCAUUCUCGGAUCAUGACUUGACAUAGUAAGUCAAAACCGAAUCGCCUUCUUCGCCACAUGCAACCCGUCUAAAUUAAUUCCCACACAUAGCCCAGAAUCGCCCGAAGCGAUGGAUUGGAGUCUACACUUCCCAGCAUAUCCCGACAAACGCGUAACCGUCGCGGACAUUGGUUGUGGGUUUGGCGGGCUCCUGUUCGCCUUGGCACCGCGACUGCCGGAUCAACUCCUCCUGGGCAUGGUACGUCAAGCCCCCUUCCCCGACGACGACAUGCCACGAAAAACCAAAGGAACAAGACAUCCAUCUCUGCUUUGCUAUCCAAGCCCCCCCACGACAUGGCAUGUUCGUCGUCGAAUCUCCCUCCCUCACAACGAACACAAAAAAGAAAAUCCCCUUUUCCUAACGAACCCCAUCUCACUCACCCCUCCCCACUUUCAACAGGAAAUCCGCACAUCCGUAACCUCCUUCGUGCAAGAAAAAAUCAAAGCCCUUCGGACCCAACAUUCCACCACCACCACCACAAGCAUCAACCCUCCACCACCACCACCACCACCAACAACAACAACAACAACAACCUCCCCCUCCCCCUCCCUCCACGACUCCAACUUCAACUCCUCCUAUCAAAACAUCUCCUGCCUGCGCGCCAACAGCAUGAAAUUCCUCCCCAACUUCUUCCCCAAAGCCUCCCUGCGCAAGAUCUUCCUCUGCUUCCCGGACCCGCACUUCAAAGCGCGCAAACACAAGGCCCGCAUCGUCUCGACGACGCUCAAUGCGGAAUAUGCCUAUGUCCUGCAGCCCGGAGGGAUGGUGUAUACCAUUACGGAUGUGGAGGAUCUGCAUCGGUGGAUGGUGGAGCAUCUGCGGGGGCAUCCGAGUUUCGAGCGGGUUGGGGAGGAGGAGGUCGAGGCGGAUGAGUGUGUGCGUGUCAUGCGGACGGAGACGGAAGAGGGCAAGAAGGUCGAGCGGAAUGGGGGGAAGAAAUUCGUCGCGGUUUUCAGGAGGGUGCAGGAUCCCUCGUGGCCUUGA